CCUGGAACUCCAAAGUGUUCAACGUCCCUCUGUCGACUCAUUCGCCUCAACAUCUCUCUUCAAUCCUUCUAAUCCUGAUAAACUCUGUCCGUUGACAAGAUGGGUGACGUCCUUGUUGAAACCCCGAAUAACACCUUUCCGCCUCACAAAAAACAGCCCAUCUCAGAUUCCAUCCCGGACAUCGACUCAUUAGAAGGGGCCGGCGCAGACAAUGGAGAUGAAUACUCAACCUUGAAGAGAUUGCAAAGACAUCUAGAGUACAUCAAGUUGCAAGAAGAAUAUAUCAAAGAUGAACAGAGAUCACUCAAGCGCGAGCUCGUCCGAGCACAGGAAGAGAUCAAGCGGAUACAAAGUGUUCCCUUGGUCAUUGGCCAGUUCAUGGAGGCCAUCGACCAAAACACGGGUAUUGUCCAGUCUUCUACCGGGUCAAAUUAUGUCGUUCGAAUUCUCUCAACACUCGAUCGAGAAAAGCUGAAGCCUUCCUCUUCGGUCGCGCUGCACCGCCAUUCUAAUUCACUAGUCGACAUCCUCCCCCCCGAAGCCGAUUCCUCUAUUGCCAUGCUUGGAGCAGAUGAAAAGCCUGAUGUGACAUAUGCUGAUGUUGGAGGGCUGGAUAUGCAAAAGCAGGAGAUUCGGGAAGCGGUGGAAUUGCCCUUGACUCAUUUUGAUCUCUACAAGCAGAUCGGCAUUGAUCCUCCCCGCGGCGUUCUUCUGUAUGGACCACCUGGCACCGGAAAGACGAUGUUGGUCAAGGCCGUCGCAAAUAGUACAACGGCCAGCUUUAUCCGGGUGGUGGGCUCUGAGUUUGUGCAGAAAUACUUGGGUGAAGGUCCACGGAUGGUUCGGGAUGUAUUUCGCAUGGCUCGCGAGAAUUCCCCAGCGAUCAUCUUCAUCGAUGAGAUCGAUGCGAUUGCGACUAAGCGAUUUGAUGCGCAGACGGGUGCAGAUCGAGAGGUUCAGCGUAUCCUACUCGAAUUGCUCAACCAGAUGGAUGGAUUUGAUCAGACAAGCAACGUCAAGGUCAUUAUGGCCACCAACCGAGCCGACACUCUGGAUCCCGCGCUUCUGCGACCCGGUCGUCUUGACAGAAAGAUUGAAUUCCCGUCGCUCCGGGACCGACGCGAGAGACGAUUGAUCUUUUCGACGAUUGCCAGCAAAAUGUCCCUGUCCCCAGAAGUGGACCUGGACUCACUGAUUGUGCGGAACGACCCCUUGUCUGGUGCCAUUAUCGCGGCCAUCAUGCAAGAAGCGGGACUUCGAGCUGUGCGAAAGAAUCGGUACAACAUCAUUCAAGCCGAUCUAGAAGAUGCAUAUUCAAGCCAGGUCAAGGGUGCACAAGAAGCCGACAAGUUUGACUUUUACAGAUAGAAAAUGUACACUAUGGGACAUGGAUUGGCUGGUGACCUUGGGCAACUGAGACUUGUUGUCAUUGUUCUCUGGAAAACUGCACAGCCCAUGAGUUUCCGAAAGGUUUAGAGGCCUUGGUAGCAAUGAUCAAGGCCAAAGGAGGUUGUAGCAACACUGAGUAUUCGAGGAUUUCUCUGGCGUGGCACUUGAGCGAGAGCCUGCCGACGACGAAAGUACAUUCCUGAAGCAUGCGCUGCACUCGUGAGAUGAUGUUGAUGUUGAUGGGUGCGGUUUGUAGUUGUUUGGGCAAUAACCAAUGGUCAAUGUAAUGAUAAGGCUCUGUCUACCCGGUAGCUGGAGCAAAGAG